AUGUCGCGCCAGGAUCCCGCAGCGAUCGCGGUCCUUCUAGAGCAGCUGAAGGCAUCACAAGUAUGGCAAGACAUCGUCAAUCCUAAGACACAGAACACAGCCACUCCGAGCACUAACACCAGUAGCGUUCCCAGUUCUGAGCAGUCCUCUGGCGCCGCGGUCUUGGCAAGUCCUAAAAUUGAUACCCAUGCAAUCAUCGGCGGCUCAGCUGCGGCCGAUGCAACUGCUGCGCCGUCGUCGACCGUUGCCUCAUUGCUGUCUCAGCUGCGUGGCACUUCGUCAUACAGUGGCUCUUCUAAUCCAAUUCAUCCUCAUGUUCAAUACCCUGCGACAUGUAAUGAUUACCCGCCGUCGCAGGUUACAACCAUUACUCCUGCAUUGCCCGAGCCCGGCCCCAGCAGACCUUUGUCCACGCCGACAGUGUCGUCGGCCCGGCGUGAAGACCUUCGCAACCUCUCCUACAAGCAGACACUGCCCCAUCUGGCUCGCCUUUCCGAGGAUCCAGGCUUUGUGGAAGCUAUCUCGACGCUCAAGAAGGAACAGGCCGAGCUGGAGAGACAGCUCUGGGAAGAAAGGCAGGCGAUACAGUGCAGCCACGAGGAAAAGGUCAAAGUCGCGCGCACGAAGGCGAGCAUGAUCGGAGCUGGACUCACACAGUAUGAAGCCGAUACGAUGUCGGCCGCCUUCCGGCAAGAGUUGCAGAAGUUCGACGCAGAACGGGUCCUUCCUGCCUGGGAUGGUCUAGUCUCCAAGCAGCAGGCCAAGCUCGAAGCGUUUGGAGUGCCCACCAUGUAUCCGACCGUGAUGAUUGCAGACAGAGAGACUAGUGCGAAUCUACUCGUCGUCAUGAUUUCACGCAGUCCUCGUUCUCUUGGUCCUACUGCAUGUUGCGCGACGGUCAGCGAACUGUGGCGCGGGAGCAUUGUUAGGCGCCUCGCGUACACAUCCGGCGCUUACCGGCCGGUUAUCCGUGGAAAUGAUGCUGAUGGCAACUACCAACUGGACGUCCUGCAGAGGCAGCAAUGCUGCCAAUCAAUCCACACUUUACCGCCGUUCGGUUCUCUUCUUUUCGCGACCAUGCCCUAUGUCGACCUGGUCUCUUCUGACGACUACACGUCUAUCUGGUACACUACAAAUUCACCGAAUGGGAAUGUCGGCGGUUUCGACCCGGCAAAGCCGACCAUUGUGAUGUUGCACCCGGUUUUCUUGGACUCGACGUGGCUGCAUCCACAGAUGGACGACCAUCGGCUGAACUCGUGCUUCAAUAUCAUCAUAUUCGACACGCGUUCGACAGGUAAAUCAUUAUCAAGACCUACAGGUCGGCACGACCUCUGGGUAAACGCCGCCGAUCUCGCGCAUUGCUUCCAUCACCUGUGCCUGCCGCCUGCACAUAUGUUUGCUCCGGAGCUAAAUGCAUACGCAGCCCUACGAUUAGCAGCGUUGUUUCCCGACCUUUUGCUUAGCCUGACGUUGGUCAACAUUCCUGCACAAACAGAAAUUCGUACUGUCUUCGAGGCUUUCGAAGAGCUCACACAGUUAUGGUCGUUUUCUGAAGAUCUAGAAUCGUUCGAGUAUUCUUGCAAAGAGCUUCUAGACUUCUUUGCCGGCCAAGACGCACACCCGGAUCUACAAGACGAGCUCGUCGCGUACUGGGAAGUACACUAUCCGCCCUUCCGGAGGUCACAUGUCAUCACAAAUGUGAAUCUUUUCAUGAACCGAAGACCACUGACCCCGGAAGAGCUCGCCUGUGUAACAUGCCCUACCCUUAUCAUCCAGGCUGAGCGCAGCCAAACACAUCCACUAGAAUACGCAGAGCGCGUUGCAAACAGUCUUGUCAAUGUACCAGGAGGAUGUACAGUGUUCUCGGUCAAGGGUAAGGCAAGCCAAGGAUACCUCUCUAUCAUAAGUGCCUCCAUCGUCAACCAGGUCUUCAACAAGUUCCUUGCCCGUCAGCCUCCAGCGCGCUCUGAUUCCAAGCGUCCCAGCAUUCCCCUUGCAGAGCGCAUGAAAGCUGGUCUUGCGAAGCUCGCGCAGUUACGCAACGAGCCAACUUUUGUCGACCGGGAUCCGCUCUCGCCGCUGUCGUUCUCAUGUGUCUCUCCCGAGGUAUGCAAGAGCCAGGAGGAGACCCGCGCAACAUAUCAGAAGGAAGAACGCACGGCCUUCUCUCCGCUGGGCCUUGAUGGGCGGCCCCUCCGCAAGUUCUCAGAGCGAAAGGAUCACUGGCUGGACAGCGGUUCGGAUGGUUACUCCUACUCGAGCGCCCAACUGUACAAGGAGAAGAAGCGACAACAGAAGCCCUCUCGCCGGCGAGAUGAUAAUGACGUCGGUAUCAUGCUGCCGCCGUCGGAGCCAGUGUCUGAGGAACAACAGGUUUCUCGACUCCGGCGUGCGACGAUCAACCCGAGCGCAGUCGACAAGCAGGUUAUUAAGGGCUCCAUGGCGAAGGUCGUCGCGACUGGGGGAAACAUGCCGCUACCGCGUUUGCUGCGGUGA